CCAGGAACACCAGCAAAUGCGGUUAGACGAUUGCAGAAGGUGGAUUUGUUUCUGGAAGGGCGGCGAUCCCCUGGUGUUAUUAUCCAACGGCUCCGCCGGCUGCGUCCGUCGUCUUCUCCUGGUCGAUGUCGAAAGGGGACAAAAAAGACAAGACAGCAGAAAGCGAACUCGACCCCAGAGCUGGGGGCACAGGCGGCUUUUGAGCUCGACUACUUCCGCAAAGUGCCUGAUCAACCUGCACCGUUGGCGUGCUUUCUCAGCCAUGUCCACAGUGAUCAUUUGCAGGGCCUCGAAUCCCUACAAUCACCGUUCAUAUACUGCUCUGCAGUAACCAAAGAGUUGCUGCUGCGUAUUGAAAAAUACCCUCAUCGCAUGAAUUUCUCGAAAGGGAUUCUCGAGUCCAGAAAGCAACACUAUGGGCACCUGGCGAAGCUUUUACGGCCGAUACCGCUGCAUACCCCAACCGAGAUCCAGCUUACCCCGUUGCAACGCAUUCGGGUAACGCUGUUUGAUGCCAAUCACUGCGCAGGCGCAGUGAUGUUCUUAAUCGAAGGCCAAGGAAAGGCUAUACUUUACACUGGAGAUAUCCGAGCGGAAACUUGGUGGGUAAAUUCUUUGACCAGAAAUCCAGUACUCAUUCCUUACGCAUGUGGCCUGAAAACACUGGAUACAAUCUACCUGGACACGACUUUUGCCGUCAAGUCACAGAUAUACCGAACCUUUCCACCCAAAUCAGCAGGGAUCCAAGAGCUUCUAGAAAAGGUGAAGAACUAUCCACAAGACACUAUGUUCUAUUUGAGAGCCUGGACCUUUGGAUACGAAGAAGUAUGGCAAGCUCUAUCUAUUGCUCUAAACUCCAAGAUACAUGUCGAUAGGUACCAGUAUAGCCUUUACAAAUCAUUGGCCGCACGUUCUCAAAACGUACCAGGGCUUGAUACAGCCAGUUUUCUUUGCGGCUUUCAACUAGGAAACGAAUUUAUUCCUGGUUGUUUAACUCUUGACGAGAAUGUCAAGAUCCACAGCUGCGAACCUGGCGCAUUCUGCUCUUCUAUCAAGUCAGGAAAGUCUGUAUUUAUCACUCCCGUUGUUACUCGGGAUAUGGCUGGAACAGAUGUGCCUGAAAUCGGUGCUGGUGGUGGAAAAGGGGAUUUGUAUCAAAAUCAUGAACUGGAGCUGCCGGAUGAAACUGCACUGCAAAAGCUCGAGGAACUCCUAAUGAAACAUGUUGACGAUGCAAACACUGUUUCACAUGCUACGGAAACAUUGAGAACUGCGUUUAAGGCGGGGAAGAACAAACUUUCAUUGGACGAGUUCGGACUGGCCAAGGAUGCCGACGUUUCACUCCAAGACCUGGUCUCCGUCAUCAGCAAAGUCCGAGAGCAACCCAGCGACAUUUCGGGAACAGCGGAUACAAUUACAUUCUCUUACUCCCGGCAUUCUUCCUACGCAGAGCUAUGUGAGCUCGUCUCGGCCUUCAAGCCGAAAGAUGUUUUCCCUUGUACCGUUGAUCGUGAAACCUGGGACGAAUCAGUUUCCAUGGAAAGUCUAUUCGGAUACUUGUGUUCUGCAAAGCAGUUUGCGCACGACAAACAUAUGCUGGAUACUGAAUCGGACAGGCUAGAACGGGAAAACAAAAGAGCACGGUACACUUUGAUGCGUGAUGCGAGGCAUCAUCUACAGGCAAUGGGUGGCAGGGUCCAUUUCGCCAUUGGUCCACUUCCUGCUGAUUUCGAUGAGGUUCUCAACGAAGAAUCUCAGAAUUCAUAUCAGACGACUGAUUCUCACCAUGCCAGUCAAGAGCCUUUUCUUGACAGUGAAGCGCCCGCCACAGCUUCAGACCACGGAGCAGGUCGGUCUAGUAUCGAAGAAACAAAUGUGAUAUCUAGGAAUGUCGAUAGCCAACAAUCGAUACCAAAAUCCGUUUUUCAGUCUCAGGAUACUGAAAAUGAGGUAAGGGUUGAUGGUUUACCUAGUGCCGGUGCUCAAUCCUACAGCAACCGUCGUCGGGCUUACCGUGCUGCUCGCACUGGAACCUUUGAUGCAUGGAAUGAGAUUGCGAUUGUGUCCGCAGGAAACAAUCAUACAGAAGAGGAAGUCGAGUUAUAA